AUGUUUGACAUUGUCAAUUAUGGUUCAUCAUUACAUCUUUGUCGUCGUUUUGAAAAAAUUAUCAACGGAAGUGCUGAUCCAUUAAAUGAUGAUGCAAUAUUAUCAGCUGAGAAUUUGAUACCACAAACAUCAAGUCAUCGAGAAGUAAUGUCAUGGGAUGUUAUUAUUCUACAAUGGCACAUGAGAUUGAAAGACAAUCAUGUAUUAACAAAAUUUUUUAAUUAUCAAAUAAGUGUAAUUUCCAAAACUUCACUAGUUUAUUUUGCCAAUAUUGAACGAAAUGUAUCGCUUGUAUCUCGACUUAUUUAUUCUCAAUCAUUGAUUUAUUAUAUUAAUAUUAAAUAA